AUGGACGCCAAGCGUCGAGCUUACAACUCCAACGCCUCUAGCGCCUACACUCCACUCCAAGAACUUGGAAUUGGACCCUCUGCGUCCCUAGACAAUAAGACACCAUCACCAGCCUCUUCAAGACCGCCAAGCACGCACACGACUUCAAGUCAUCGCGAAUCGACUCCUGACAACCUUAAAUCCGCCAUAGAGCCGGAAACUCACAUUCUUUUAAGCCGCGAGCAGUCUCCGCCGCCGCAGUAUCCAGCGUCCGAACCAUCAACUUCACGUCCUCCCCCCUUCUCGUCGCUCUUUACCUCUCCGCCUAACGACGCCCACGAGCGCUCCGAUAAAUUCGCCGCUUUUGCCGCCAGAUCUUCUUGUGAAGCCGAAGCAUCAGGUUCAGCUGCGCCAGCAUACGAAUCUUCCUCCCCGAGAGAAGCAGUUCCAUUUGACCCCGACCAAAGCACUACCGCAUUUCGCGAUCCAGUCGCGGAAACCAAGCGCGCACUUCCUCGGGAUACCAAGGACUCCAGUCGCAAGGACGACGACGCAGAACCACCCCCAGCUUAUUCAGAAGAGGGCGAUAGUCCCCUUGCCGCAUUUUCUUUCCUAAUGGCUGCCGCAGGAGGAGCUUCAAGCAUCAUCACUCAGGUGCAACAGGGCGGGCCGCCUGUUAGCACUCUGGGAGAUGUUGGUGCCGAUGAAACGAUUGCUAUGGAUUUGAGGGGCACAAGAUUUUACCUCUCUAGAGACGAGUUGCUUACUUUGCCCGAAUUUGUUCUUCUUUCCCUGUUCCCCAAUGGUCUAUUUCCCGAGGGCCAAAUGGGUGGUUUCUCGGAUGGCGAUGCCGUGCAAGUAGACUACGACCCAGCUUCGCUUCAGUACAUGCUUGAUUUCUUCAGAGACGUUGCACAGUCCAUCCCCACAGAUGGAUCACCAAGUGCUUCGCAGGACGAGGAUACUCCCUCUCUUGGUACUUCGCGUGACGACUCUAAGCGAGCCGGUAUCAUUGUGCUCCGUGAGGACCUUGACUUUUACGCUAUUCCUCCCCGAGCGGACAUCGGUCAGCUUGAUAUGAUUGCCGUGAAACGGGCGGCCGCAGAGGCCUUGCAGCAACAGAGCGGCAUCUUUUCCGGACUCAAGCGAAGUGACGAGCCCGGUACUACUGAGGCCCAUCUUAUUGAGAUGUUGACAGCAGGCGGCUUCAACCAUGACGACCGAUGGGGUCACCGUGCUGGUGAACCUAACAAGGCUGUCAUCUGCAGUCUGGCUCUCGCCCGUCUACGCAGUGAUAUCCGAGGUAACGAGAUGGGUACCAACGCCGUUGGCAUGGCCCAGAAGCUACUGCUCUUCUGGCGCAAGCCUGCUCGCCGAUGCUGGUGGGAAGGUGUCGAGCUUGAGAAUGUUGCAGGUGUUGAGGGCAAGCUUAAGGUCUGGAUCCGAAGAGUAUGGACCCUUGAGAUGAGUGUCAUCGGUCUCCGCUAA